CAGCAAUCCUCAUUGUAGUGGGGUGGAGAGGAAUCUAGGUGAGAAAUCUCCUUAUAAGAAUUUUAAGUAGAUAUGACUCACUUCUGGGGUGCUGAAGGUGUUAUUCUCUCUCUACGCACAAGCACAUGCAAGACGGGUCAUCUCAUCAUGGACAGUAAUGUGGGAUUUGCAAAAGAUCUUGUGGCCCAGAGGAGGCAACACCCCUGGGAAUGGAUACCAGAGCCCAACAAGGAGGGUUACAGAGUUGAAAAAGUCUGCUACACUUCCCUAUGCAUGACUUCCUUCCCCAGGGUAACCCCUUUUGAGAGUUAUUCACAGCCAGAAGCCCCAGGGAAUACAAAGCAAGAAGCCCUGGGAGGCCAGACUUCCAGGAGUAUGGAAUAUAAAUCAGGAAAAUACUUAGGAGUAAAAAGGACACCGAGGAGGAAGCUACAAGUCCUAAUAUCAUGAAAAACAAUCAGGUAAUGGGCAGGGAUGGUGCUGCAGAAGUGAGAGUAGUUGAAGAAGAGAACUAUGAGAAAGUUUUGACCCUUUCCUGGGUGAUGCUUAUUAGGUUGUAGAAAGUAAAGUCUAGGAACAAUGAUGUUGGCACUCUCUCCCCAUAAAUAUUUUUCAGUGACUUUAGAGAACAAUAAAUUAUCCCUUCUGUAAGGGACUUGCAGAACAUCUAUUUAAACUUUCUUUUUUUUAGAAAAGAGGAAGCUGAGGUUAGGUGAAGAGAAGUUUCCCAGUGUGCAUUGCCGGUUAGUGGCAAAACACGUUUACAAAGCCAAACCUGUGACUUCAGAGAAAAUGCCUUCUUUUAUGCUACAAGUCUUCUAGAUCAAUUCCUAGGAGGAAAGGGGAAGCUCUGACCACAUUGGAUUUCUCUCUGAGACUUCCUUGUGGAUAUCUCCUUCAGUGACCAUCUUUUAAAAGGCAUAAUGUGUCCACUGGGUGAGUUAUCAUUAGGCACUAUGGACCUUAGCCUUCAGAGAUUGUUUCCAGAGUUUCUGCAAUUAUUUAUUUUCCCAUCUCUUCUUCUUCUAGUCCUUAAAAGAAAAAUCCUCAAACUUCAGAGGGACCUCCUGAAAGAGGUGUCAACAGUCACUUUUUAGGGGAAGAUAUUUUUCUUCCUGACAGCCAAUUAUUGCUGGUUAUUUUAUCAUUGGAAAUUAUAAGAAAGAGAGAGGUCAGAAUUUUCCUGUCUCUCCUAUUUCCUGAUGUUGGAGGAGAGAAGAAAUAUAGUUGUCUGAGUCUCUGUAGUCCAAUAUUAUUAAAAAAAAUUAAACAGGAGGAGCAGGAGCCUUGCUUUCUAGUUCUAGCUCAGUCACCAACAGACUCUACGAUAUGAGACCAACCAUUUCUGCUUCCUGGUCUUUGGUUGCUCUACUGCAAAUUAGAGGUGAUUACAUUCUACAUUCUUGACAUUAGGAACAUUUCCUGAAUCAAAGAAGAAGCCUACAUUGCUAGUCCUCUGUCCUUGCCCCUCAGUCCUGGGAAUGAUGGUUCAUGUCAACCACACUUGGACCCAAAAUUUCAUCCUUGCUGGUUUCACUACUACUGGGACUCUGCAACCUCUUGCCUUCUUGGGGACCCUGUGCAUCUAUCUCCUCACCCUGGCAGAGAAUCUGUUCAUCAUUGUCCUUGUUCAAGUAGAUUCUGGACUGUCCACACCCAUGUACUUCUUCAUCAGUGUCCUCUCCUUCUUGGAGCUCUGGUAUGUCAGCACGACUGUGGUCACGCUUCUGCAUACCUUGCUCCACAGACAUUCACCCAUCUCAUCUGCUUUGUGCUUCAUCCAGCUUUAUGUCUUCCACUCCUUGGGCAUGACUGAGUGCUACCUGCUGAGUGUCAUGGCUCUGGACCGCUACCUUGCCAUCUGUCUCCCACUCCACUAUCAUGCACUCAUGAGCAGACAGAUACAGCUCUGGCUAGCAGGGGCCACUUGGGUGGCUGGCUUCUCAGCAGCAAUUGUGCCAGCCAGUCUCACAGCCACUCUUCCUUUCUGCUUGAAGGAGGUGGCCCAUUACUUUUGUGACCUGGCACCACUGAUGCAGUUGGCAUGUGUGGACACAGGCUGGCAUGCUCGGGCCAAUGGGACAGUGAUUGGUGUGGCCACUGGAUGCAACUUUGUGCUAAUUUUGGGACUCUAUGGGGGCAUCCUGAAAGCUGUACUGAAGCUACCCUCAGCUGCUAGCCGUGCCAAGGCCUUCUCUACCUGUUCUUCCCAUAUGACUGUAGUAGCACUAUUCUUUGGUUCUGCCUUCACAGUGUAUGUGAGUUCAUCUGGGAGUCGACCUGAGGGUACAGACAAGCUUAUUGCCUUGAUGUAUGCCCUUCUUACCCCUUUCCUCAAUCCCAUCGUCUAUACCCUUCGAAACAAGGAGGUGAAAGAGGCUGUGAAGAGGGUCACUGAUAGGCUCAGGACUAUUUUGAAGGGAUCCUGAUGAUCUCCGCUGUCAUAGCCCAACUUUUUGGUAACUCUCAAAAACAGCUGGUUAGGCAACCAUCUGAUGAGAGUCAAAGUAAACAUUAGUAAACAAUCAAUCAGAUCACUGGUCACACACACUGCAAGCACUCACUGAAGAGGAUGUAGUCCUGGGUUGAUCAGAGUUGGAAUAUGUAGAGAGAAAGGAGAUAUAGUCUCUGAUUCCACCCCAACUGAAUGUAGGACAAGUGCCACAAAGGAGGAGAAACAAAAACAAAAUGUUAGGUAGGGUAUAAAGGGUCUAGCUGAACAUAUGUCUUAGAGCAGAGUCUCUGGGUGGUGUAAACAAUUAAUGCAGUCACUGCUAACCAGAUGCCUUGAGUCCACCCAGAGCUGACUCAGAAGAAAGGGCUGGUGAUGUCCUGAAAAAUUAGCCAUUAAAAGUCCUUUAAAGCCCAGUUCUACUCUGACACACACAGGGUCACCAUGAGCAGGAGUCAACUCAGUGGCAACUGGUUUGGCUUUUUUGGAUGUCUUAGAGAAAGAGCACACUACUGAGAAAAAGGAGACUAACUAAGGCUGGGAGUAGGGGCUUUAGUCAAGAUAGGAUUCCUGGAAAAAAAAUUGAGAAGGUGCCAAACAAAGUAGGCACAAAGGAGACUAAAAUAAUAGUUUGUUUCAAGUUUCAGUUGUGGAACAGUGACCUAUGGGCAGAGAGCUCUUCAGAUUGGGGAACUCAGUCAUCCUGGGUUAUCUAGUGAUCAGAGGAUGCCCAGUGAAGGGGAUUGGAGAAUGGAAACUACAGAAAACAACUUAGUCUGUAAUGGGACAAGAGCAGGUAUUGGAGAUGUGAUUGCAGUCUGAGCUGUCUUCCGAUAUCAUGGAAUACACCUUAGAAAUUAUCUGACCCCACAUUAAAAAAAAAAAAAAGUAUCAAACAAACAAGAAGCUUUGCAAAUCAUGUAUAUAGAGCACGCACAUACAAAGUAGAAAACAGGUGGAAAUAGAAAGUAGGAAUGGGGAUCUGAAGCCCUAAUCACUCCUUAUACUUUCUUUUCUCCCUCAUUUCCGACCAUCUCCUUUACUGAACAGAGUUUGAAAAUUACCACCCAAGUUCAAUCUCCACACUUUAAUGAUGAGUGAAUUGAGGGUCAAAGAUCUGCCAAAGGAUGAACAGAUAAUGACAAGGAUAGAACAAAAGCCUUGAGACUAAAUGACUGUAUGGGUCUUGAAAGUUCUCUCUUUUUUCCUCAUUCUAAUGUAUCUUAGUGCUAAAAAAUCAAAUCGACUAUUUUUGUAUGUACACUCUAAGCCAGAAACAAUGACAUCUGCUGUGAAGUAUCGUUUUUUAUUUAAUCUUCACAAUUUCUCUUUGAAAGAGGAAGAAUCACCCUGAUACUUAGAUGACGAAAAUAGAUUUCUGAACCUGCAGUAAAGAGACAUGGAUUCAAGCCCUAGACCCACUCCACCUAGUCGGGGGACCUUGGUAAGGCUACCUCAGCCUCAUUCUCUCUGUCUGUACAAAUGAUACGCUGGGAGUAGAUGAAUGUUCAUAUUUCUUCCAGCCUGGGGAGUUUCGAUUCUAUAAUUGCAACACUUCUAAAGAAAGCAGGACCAGAACCAGGCCCAGAUGGGUAGGGAAAGGUGUUGGUCCAAAUCCCAGUUUUGCCAUUUUUUGUCUACAUGAUCCUGGGUAAAAAACAUAACCUCUCUCUGACCUCAGUUUCCUGUUCCUUAUAAAAGGAUAGAAGAAUUUUCUACAACA